ACCAUCUUUAAGGGAAAACAAACACCCCACUUGUCUUCCAAAUCAAAUUUUCUUCUUCUGCAUAAACAAAUCAUUAUUGAAGCAAAAUCUUCUUUAAAUGAAUCUUGAAUAUUAAACUUCCUUUUUCUAGUAAGGAAAAUAAACAAAUAUGCAAUCAAAUUUCCCAAAAUCACCUCUACCCUUUUCUUUAAUCCCCAAACACCAGCACCAAGCUUUCUGUAAGAUUGUUUCCUGUGCCAACAAUUCUUCUUCUUCAGAGAACAAAAAUGGGUUCAAGCUUCUGGGCCAAUCUGUUGGUGAUAUUAAAUGGAGGCUAAAUUACUUUGAUGGCAGUGAGUUCGGUCCAAGAUGCCUUAAACAUGUGGGUAUCGAAAACAACAAACUUUUUGGGUGAAGUGACUUCUCCACUUGUCAAGAAUGUUCAAGAUAAAAACCAUACAAAAACGGGAGAUGCAUACGAGAACAGUGACAUGGACGAGUUCUUCAUGGCAGAGCAGACUAUUGAUAGCAGAACACCUAGUGGAAAUCUUUCUUUGGCUGCUAUUGUUUCCAUUGAGCAGUUUAGCAGGAUGAACGGAUUAACGGGGAAGAAAAUACAGAAAGUCUUUAAAGCACUCGUUCCUGAAUACGUGUCCAAUGAUGCUCGUAAUUUGGUCGAAUAUUGCUGCUUUAGGUUCUUGUCCAGAGAUAGUUCUGAAAUGCAUCCUUGCCUUAAGGAGCCAGCAUUCCAAAGACUAAUAUUUGUAACCAUGCUUGCAUGGGAACAUCCAUACACCAACAAAAAGGAAUCUUGGGAUAACAUGGGAGAGAAAGCUUCGUUUCAGGUUCACUUUUCUACGAAGCUUGUAGGAAGAGAGGCUUUUGUCCGCAUAGCUCCUGCUAUUUCCGGCCUAGCAGAUUGGACAACAGUGCAUAACCUUUUUAAGGCUCUUGCUGCUGGUCAGAAAAGCAUCUCGUUCCCUGUAUGGUCCAAAUAUAUCAGUGAACUUGUCAAAGUGUAUGAAGGAAGGAAAUCAUACCUUUCAAAAGGAACUCCUCAGAUUUCUGCAGAGAGAAUCUUAUGCCUUGGAUCUAGCAGAAAAAGACCCGUUCUUAAAUGGGAGAAUAACAUUGCAUGGCCUGGAAAACUAACGCUAACCGAAAAAGCCCUUUACUACGAGGCAAUUGGACUGAAGGGCCAAGAGGAUGUUAUUAGAAUGGAUCUUACAAAACUUGGUUCACGGGUAGAAAAAGCGAGGGUUGGCCCAUUUGGGUCGGAUCUUUUUGAUUCUGCUAUCUCCGUUACCUCUGGUCCAGAGUCUAAGCCAUGGGUGCUUGAAUUUGUUGAUUUUGGAGGCGAAAUGAGGCGAGAUGUGUGGUAUGCUUUCAUUAAGGAAGUCAUAUCUUUAUAUCAAUUCAUACGGGAUUUUGGGCCCAAAGAAGGCGAUCAAUCAGUUAAAAAUGUUUAUGGUGCUCAAAAGGGUAAUGCAAGGGCCACAGCUUAUGCCAUCAACGGCAUUGCGAGACUCCAAGCUCUUCAGUUCAGUCGAAAACUCUUGGAUGAGCCUUCUAAACUUGUCCCAUUUUCAUAUUUACAAAGUGCACCCUACGGCGAAAUUGUUUGUCAAACAAUGGCCGUAAAUUGUUGGGGUGGGCCAUUGACUACAAAACUUGCGGAAAUCGAGUCCGACUGUAAACCAGGCCAAGGAAUGUUGUCUUCUAACGAGGUAUCAGAAGUUUACGACCAUCAUGUAUAUGAUAUUGAUGGGGGUGUGUAUUUACAAAAGUGGAUGCGACACCCUUCAUGGACUUCUAGUGCUUCCUUCAGUUUUUGGAAGAAUAAUUCGGUGAAACAAUCACUUGUUUUGAAUAAAAAUCUUGUUGUUGCCGAUAAGACAUUGGUCGAAAAGGCGUCAACUACAUGUCGGGAUAAAUAUACGGAAGUCGAGAAGACGCAAGCCACAAUUGAUGCUGCCAUGAUCGAAGGAAUUCCCAGUAAUAUCGACCUUUUCAAGGAGCUUGUGCUUCCUUUGACGGUGAUCGCCAAGAACUUUGGAAAACUUCGACGUUGGGAAGAACCACACUUGACGGCAUCUUUUCUUGCAUUUGUAUAUGCACUCAUUUUCAGGAGAUUGUUGUUUUAUGUACUCCCUGUGAUGAUGACGGUUUUGGCAACGAGCAUGUUAGUAUUGAAGGGGCUCAAGGAGCAAGGCCGCCUCGGAAGAACGUUUGGCAAAGUUACCAUACGUGAUCAACCACCAUCUAACACAAUCGAGAAGAUCAUAGCCGUAAAAGAAGCCAUGCGAGAUGUGGAAAAGUAUAUGCAAAAUAUCAACGUUACGCUUCUAAAAAUCCGUACAAUUCUUCUUGCAGGCCAACCACAGAUAACAAUGGAAGUUGCUAUGGUGCUCUUGUUUGGUUCCGUCGUUCUCUUCACCGUACCUUUCAAGUACGUCCUUUCUCUUCUCAUACUCGAUCUCUUCACACAAGAACUUAAGCUCCGGAAAGAAAUGGUUGUGAAGUUCAUAAGCUUCUUAAAAUCCCGUUGGGACACCGUGCCUGCCGCCCCUGUUUCCGUGUUGCCCUUUGACUCUAACACCACCGAUGCCAAAAAGAAGGAAAAAGAAGACUUGCCAAAAUUAGAAAGAACUCGGAACAAGCAGUAGUACGUUGUAAUCCUUUAUCGUGUUUAAACUUUUUUCUCGAUAUUUUGUACAGACAUUUGUUCAUAGAUAUUGUACAGUUGACAUCAGGAUAUAAUUCA